CGUAUCAUUCAUUUUCAGCUGAUGGUCAGCCAAGGAAUAAUCCAUCAAAGUCAUAAUGGACUAUUCUCCCUUCUACCUCUAGGACUCAGAUCAGUUGAAAAGCUUAUCAAGAUUGUUGAUAGUCACAUGAGGAAACUGGGAGCUCAGAAAAUUAUGGUUCCAUCUUUGACUGACGGCAGCUUAUGGAAAAAGACUGGUAGACUGGAUACUGCGGGACAAGAAAUAUUCAAAGUAUUGGAUCGACACAAGAAAAUGUUCGUUUUAGCACCGACACAUGAGGAGUCACUGGCUAAUAUCCUAGCCACAGUUCCUGUCAUAUCACAUCGCAAUUUGCCGCUUCGACUCUAUCAGAUUACAAAUAAGUAUAGAGAUGAGAUGAGACCCAGGUACGGAUUGAUACGUAGUAAAGAAUUCAUGAUGAAAGAUUUAUAUUCAUUCGAUGCCACAAUUGAAAUGGCACAAAAGACUUACGAUCAUGUAUGUGAGAUUUAUGGACAGCUUCUUGAUCAUAUUGGAAUUAGUUAUUCAAGAGUGGCUGCUCCAAGUGGUAUGAUGGGAGGUGACCAGUCUCAUGAAUUGCACUAUGUGGCAGACAUUGGCGAUGACACGCUGCUGACUUGCGAGGAUUGUGAUUACAGUUGGAACAGAGAAGUUGAUCCACAACUUGAUACUUGCAAGGCUUGCUCUUCUCCGCGACUCAAACAGACAAAGGGCAUAGAGGUAGCCAAUACAUUUCUACUGGGAACGAAGUACUCGAAAGCGUUGUCUGCUCGUUACGUUGGAGCUGGCUCGCAGAAGCCAGUGGACCUGGUGAUGGGCAGCUACGGCAUUGGCAUCACUCGCCUCCUCGCUGCCGCCCUCGAGGUCAACUCCUCCUCCUCGGCGGGACUGCGAUGGCCUCUGCCGCUCGCCCCCUAUACUGUGCUCAUCAUCACACCAAAGGAUGGGAGCAAGGAAUCGUUACAAACACAGGAUGCAGGCAAGGAGCUCUACUUGAGAUUGACCAGUAUGCAUCACUUGGAGAAUGAAGUGUUGUGGGACAACCGAGAUCACUUGUCAAUCGGCCGAAGACUCAAUGACGCCAAACUGACCGGUUAUCCCGUUGUAGUUGUAAUAGGUAAAUUGUAUGUGGGGCAGACGCCCAAAUGCGAGGUUCAUUGUGUUGAUGAUAACUCAGUACAUGAGUUGGAGAUAGGUGAAUUACAGCAGUUUCUUAGUCAACAGAAAUAUUCAUCUUCCAGCUGAGCGUAAAUCUAAUAUAGUUGUAGCAAACCGAAUGUAAAUGUAAUGUAAAUAGAAAUGUUUUUAUCAUAUAUAGUAGCAAAUUACUUAUAGAAAUAUUGUUAGUUUCAAACACAAAACGUUGUUACCAUUAGGGUGGCCUAUAAGUCAGUUGACACACUGUUCUGUUGUUAUAUUCAUUGUUUAUCGAAUAACAAUGAACACACUAUCAUGAACAAACAUCAAACGUGAAAACCUCAAACUAAACUGUGCUAAAAAAUCCUAAACAGCUGUGGUUUGAAUUGUAACAACAGCUGACCUUGAAAAUUGUUAGCGUCAACUGACUUUGGGCCAUUCUUUAUUAUAGCAGGGCUACUCAACUUACGGUCCGCAAGCUGUAUUCAUAUUAUGGUCCACCUAAAUGACAAGAGAAACAACGAAUUUUAAAGUUUUCUCAAAAUGUUGUAUAUGAUAUUUACCGGGUAGGUUGAUUCUACCAAGUGUCAUUGGAGAACUAGUAUCGAAUUGAGUAAUUACUCUGUCAAGUAUGCUGAGGUCUUAGGCAACUAAGCACAAGGGCUACUUUGAUGAAAUUUAUAAAACCUGCUAUCGAAUGCCAUUCUACAGCAUCUUGCCCUCUGACAAUUUCAAAAACUUGGACGUUUUUGCUUGUGUCAUGCUCUCAGUGUUUUGCUAGAACUAGAGUUGUUUUUGUGACAGUACGCGCCGCAAUGCCGUACCGGUACUCUAGGUUAUGCCAGUAAAUCACAAUUUAGAUAGGAGUAAAAGAAGUUGAACUGUCUCAGACAAUAAUAAUCUUUCUACUCUGAUGUAGCCAAGUAGGGAUGGUCUUAGAUUCUUUAUAAUAUUCAGGACAAAUUAUUGAAAAAUUUCAGUUUUUUUCUGUUGCUCCCAAAUACCUUGAAAACACAUUUUUUGAGGCUAAAUUUAUUCUGGGGCGGAACCCCCUUCUCUCCUCCGUAACAUUGCCUACCAGAACCAAUAUUGCUACAAAAACAGCACUGGCUGAACCUAUUCAUUUAUUGGGUCAAGAACGUUACACUAUUAGAAAGAAAAAUUGUGCCGUAGCCCAAAAUAUUAUUUCUCUUCGGAUUCUUCUCAAAUUUAGUUUUUUAAAUUGACCAAAGUGUCUUGCUCCCAUAAAACGAUUCAGGUUCAUUCGUUGGAGGAUUUUAUAAAUGUAACAGAGUAAUCAUCGGCCAGAAGAUUAUGGCAUCAUUAGGGUCUUACAGGCUUAAGCACGGCCACUACUUCAGCUUGGCUCCACAAAUUUAUUCAAUUCACUGACACAGGCAUUAAUCAUUCUAUAUUGGAAUAAUCCAUUCCAAUAUAGAGGAUUCUAAUAAUUGUUUUUUCUGUUAUAUCAUCUGUACCAUCAGCCAUGUUUUCCUUCAUGCCUUUGAUAAUCAGUUUGAGUUCUUUCAUUGAGAAAGAGAGGUCAAGCUCCCCAGCCUCUCCUUGGCUUCUCCUCAUCAGUUCCUUUUUCACCCUUGAAAUUUUCCACUUUUUAAAAGUUUUGCUGCCACUUGUUCUGCUGUGACAGUAGAACAGAUUUUUUGUUGUUGUGUUGGUCUUGUUGGGUCUCCACUUAGAAAAUUCCUAGUAAUAGCUGUUUUUCAACAUAAAUUGCACUGUUUUAUUGCUAGUGAGCUAAUCUAAAAGUUUUUAAAAUUCCAAAAACGCCAAAUCCGAGAAUUAAAAAAAAACUGUAUAUCAAGUAAACUUGUAACUUUGGAAAAAUACUUAGCAUUGUGAACUUGUAGAUUGAUGAGCUGAUAAUCUCAUAUCAGAAUUGCAAAUCUGUAACUGUAUUAGUUGUAUAAAUAUAAAAUAAUUUGUGUUGUGGAAUGUUACCUUUCUUCCACUCAACUAAUUUUUUUAAAAGAGACUGUAUCAAUAAGGACUUUGCUUAUUGGGGAUAAUAUGAAUAUUUUAUUGAAUACCAACAUUAUAAAACUACAAAAAAUUUUACUUGUAUACACUAAUAAAUCAUGAAUUUACCUAUUAGUUUUCUUCAUAAACUCAGUUCUUUCACUAAUUUUUUCCAUAGUAAAGGUUUUGUUGUCAGAUUUUGUGGUGACCUGGAAAAAAUAUAGAUAAAAUGCUUUGUUGAAAAAUAUAGUUAUUUUUAAGUUUGUUUAAAUGGUUCGGUUGAGCUAUUCUAUGCUAAGAGCACAUUAGAAAAACCUUAUGAUUAUGAACAAGUAUUGAGGCCAUUAAUUUGAGAUUUUUUAAGAAAAAAUUCAGUAGAAAGAUUGCUUGUGUGUUUCUAUUCUUUGUAUUAUAUUCUUUAAAAUUUAAUAUUCAUCAGAUAAAUAAGUAAUAAAUCCUACCUUCAACUAUGUGUGAUAUAUUCAUUCAUCGUCAUCACUUCCUGCAGCUUGGUUUGUUGGAAGUUGCAGUAUCUCAUCAUAAAAGUGCUGGUGCUGAUCUGGGAUGUAAUGCUUCACUUUUUCAAUGUCCUGCAAUUUCUUUGGAUUGACUGGAACUUUUCCUUUGUAAAGUUUGUCUUCAGGAAGCAAAAUAAUUCCACGUCGUCCUUUGAGAAGUCUAAACGUUGAGCUGUGUGCACCAUCUAUGUAUUCAAAAGCAGUAACACACUCGUCACUGGUGUACUUGAAAUGUCUGUACUUGCUGAUCAAAAACUUUUCAUUCCUCCUCUCAACAUCAGUACAAUAUUUUUUAAAGUAGUGUGG